AUGUCAAAUGAAACAGCGUCUAUGAGAGAAAUACAACACAACCGACAACUCAUUAUGCAAGCUCUAAAUAAGAACACAACAAACUUUUCAAACUAUUCUAAGAUAUCUGAGUCAUUGAAAGGGGGUGACUUAAAACUGACAAUAAACCCAAUGACAAAUGAGUUUCUAUUUCAAGACAAUAAGAACAAUACUGUCUGUAUAAAUCCAACAAAAGGAACUUUAAACGAGAAACCUAUAAAUGAACUUCUUUUGAAAGCAGAUGUUGACAACAAAGCUGACAAAGAAUAUGUAGACGAUGCAAUAGCAAAAGAAGAAGAAAGAGCUAACAAUGCUUAUGCAACAAAAGAACAUACUCAUCCUGAACUAGCAGACAAAACAUAUGUUGACAAUAAAAUGUCAAGUGAAGUGACAAGAGCUGAAAACGAAUAUUCUAAAACGACUCAUAUACAUUAUAUUAACCAAAUACCAAGUCUUAAGGAAACAUUAGAGACAAAAGCAGAUAAGACUCAUACACAUUCUAUAUCUGAUAUUACAAACUUACAAGAAACCUUAAACAGGAAAAGUGCCGUUGGACAUACACAUUCUAUAUCUGAUAUUACAAACUUACAAGAAACCUUAAACAGGAAAAGUGACGUUGGACAUACACAUACCAUUGCAAAUAUUACAAACUUACAAGAAACCUUAAACAGGAAAAGUGCCGUUGGACAUACACAUUCUAUAUCUGAUAUUACAAACUUACAAGAAACCUUAAACAGGAAAAGUGACGUUGGACAUACACAUACCAUUGCAAAUAUUACAAACUUACAAGAAACCUUAAACAGGAAAAGUGACGUUGGACAUACACAUACAUCUUCUGAAAUAACAGAUUUAAACGUUAGCCUUGAAAAGAAAGCAGAUAAAACAUAUGUCAAUGAAAUAUACCAAAGUUUGAUAGGAACAAAAAAAUAUUGA